AUGCCCUUGGCCCAGAAUGUGAAGAUGAUCAUCCCGCGGAAAGAAGAACUCGACCAAGACUACGUCAACCCGCAAACCGAGCUCAACAUUGGCUUGUGGACGCUGUACGCCGGCGCCACCGCGUUCCUCGCCCUCCGGAUCUGGAUCAAAGUCACCCGCCGCCACGGCCUGUGGUGGGAUGACCACAUUCUGCUUCUCUCUUGGAUCGUCCUCACCGCCAACAACGCCAUCAUCAGCGUCGAAUAUGCCACCGGAUACGUGACCAAGACGUGGGAUGACCGCAUGCACAUCCUCAUCAACAUCACCUCGUGCGGCACCGUCAUCGGCCAGGCCUGGACCAAGACCGCCUUUGCCGUCACUCUGCUGAAGUUGACCAAGGGCUACCAGCAGUGGGGGCUGUGGUUCUGCAUGGGCACCAUGAACCUGUGGGCCCUGUUCCGCUGCAUCUUCCAAUGGGCCAAGGUGUGCGACAAGCCGAGCUACGACGUCUGGUACCGUCUCAACUUCUGCAUCGGCUGGACCUUUCGCGAUAAUUUCAAGGAGGGCGGGAAUGUUUAUAACAUCAUCAUGGACUUUGUCUUCGCAGUGUUCCCGUGGUUCAUCACGUGGAACCUGGACAUGCGGAAGGCAGAAAAGGUCGGUCUCUGCCUGACCAUGAGUCUGGGUAUGAUCGUCGCCAUCGUGUCAGCCGUCAGGACGGGCUGGAAGGACGAAGGAAACGACAAGGACCGCUAUUACUUUGAGCGCAACGCCCACUCCAACAUCUGGUACUCAUCAGAAGUCGUGGGCACCAUUAUAGUGCAGUGCAUUCCCAUCAUGCGCCCGCUUCUCCGCGAUAUCCACACGUCAUUAACGUCAAAAAAGUUAGGGUCUACAAGUGAGGAGGUUGCAUUACACAGGAUAGCCGUAAGAGCGAGCAAACAAUAG